GGAGGCUGGAGCCCCGCCGCGCUGCCUCCGCCCUCCCGCCGCAGAUACCCGCCCGUCAGCAGCGCCCCGGCCCCACACAGCAGCCAGCCGCUCUCCGUCCUGCAGCACCGCGGAGCUCCGUCUGCUCACCGCCGGCUCGCCUCUCUUCUCACCGCGCCCCCCCCACCCCCCACCACUCUCCCAGCAGCGAGGGCGGUCGCGUCUCUCUCUCUCUCUCUCUCCGAGGCGGGGAGCGUCCGAGUCUUCGCGAGCGUUCUUCUCCAUCUUGCCCUUCGAGACAUAUGGAGAAAAUGGCCAGACCUCUCCCCGUCCACCCGGCGUUCCUGCCGCCGACCCACGGCGUGCUGAAGUCCCUGCUGGAGAACCCGCUCAAGCUGCCGUUCCACCACGAAGAAGGAUUUGGGAAAGACAAGGAGAAAGAGAAGAAGCUGGAGGAUGAGAGCAGCAGGGCCAGCAACCCACAGUCGGCCUUCCUGGGGCCGACACUCUGGGACAAGACCCUGCCCUACGAUGGCAACAACUUUCAGCUGGAGUACAUGGACCUGGAGGAGUUCCUGUCAGAGAACGGCAUCCCCGCCAACACGGCCCAGAGCCACCAGGCUGAGCAGCGGGCGCAGCCACCGCAGGCGCCCCACCAGCAGGCCUCGCCGCCAGCCCCGCCCGCACCUUCCGUGGUGGACCUCAGCAGCCGCGCCACCACCUCGGUUCACACGGGCAUGGCGCCUCAGACCAGCCUCCACAGCCCCAACACAGCAGCAGCACUGCCCUCAGCCCGGGACAGCCCCAGCCCCAUUGACCCAGAGUCCAUUCAGGUGCCCAUGGCCUAUGAGCCUGACCCAGCGGACCUGGCGCUGUCCAGCGUGCCUGGCCAGGAAAUGUUCGACCCCAGGAAACGCAAGUUCUCUGCCGAGGAGCUGAAGCCACAGCCCAUGAUCAAAAAGGCCCGGAAGGUCUUCAUCCCAGAGGGCCUGAAGGAUGACAGGUACUGGGCUCGGCGCAGAAAGAACAACGUUGCGGCCAAGCGGUCACGGGACGCCCGCCGGCUGAAAGAGAACCAGAUCGCCAUUCGCGCCAGCUUCCUGGAGAAGGAGAACGCCGCCCUCCGCAUGGAGGUAGCGGACUUGAGGAAGGAGCUUGGCCGCUGCAAGAACAUUGUGUCCAAAUACGAGGCCCGACAUGGGGGCCUGUGAGCCCCCCCCCACCCCACCAAAAAAAUCCACUACAAGCCCCCCUCCUCCUCCUCUCUUCCCCACACUUUACCGCCCCGUCCCAUUUUUUUCCUGGAGUUUGAAGGACAAUGUGUCUCUUUUGAUGGCACUGCCCCUGCCCCCUCUUCCUCCCCCACCAUCCGCACCUCCUCCCAUUCCUCCCACAAACCCCCCACACCCCCAAAGCACCUGUAUGAUUCUGGUAUUGUAACUGUCAUUUUGACUUAUUUCAUAAGCUUCGACCUGUCUGUUCCUUCUUUUACCUUACACAUCGUUCGACUGAAUAUAUUUACAUAUACAUAGAUUUAAAAAAACAUAUAUAUAUAUACAUAUAUAUAUUUACACAUGCAUUCUUCCCACUUUAAUGUACUGUGAGGAGUCAUGAGCCAACCCACCAGCUGAGUCCACCCACCCCCAUCUCCCCCUUCCACUUUUGAGAAACGAUUCCAUGCUGUUUGUCGUUUUCAUACCGAUUUUAUACGUGACAUCAGGACUGAAAACUUUCCUGUUUCCCUUCUUCUUCUACUAUUUCUUCUUCUGCUGUGUUACAACCAUGUGAAGUGUCGUUGCUCGCCUCUACCUGACCCCCUCAUAUCUUCUUCUUUUCUUGAUGUUCAUGUUGUAUUUCAGUUUUCGAUCACAGCCCCACCCCCCCCUCUCAGCUAAUCUAGAACAGCAUCGUCUGUCAUUUGAAAUUGUCUUCGCAUAGCACUUAAAUUUGUCUGUGCAAUCGUGGUGUAGAUUUGCUUUCUUUUACGUUUUUUUAAUGUAUUUUUUUUUAUGUAUUUUUUGGGUUUUGUUUGUUUCUCUCCAUCGCCCGGACACUGAGCAAUAAUCCCUGUCCAGAAUUGAACAGACAUGACGACCUACAUGUUCCUGACCCACCUCCUGUGCCCCGCCACCUCCACCCCCACUGCCAGAUUACUACCUAGUUGCUGUCCCCCACUCAUUUUAGCUCAGCUCCAAUGCGUGUCUCACAAUCUGAACCGGUGCAAUGUUUCAACUCGUUCAAAAAAUUUUCUCUGCCUCAUAUUUAUCUAUCUUUUAUUUCUCAGAUGGAAGAUUGUUUAUAUAUAUAUAUAUAUAUAAAUAUAUAUAUAUACACACACACUAUUGAUAUUAUUUUUAGUAUUAAUACUACUCUCGACAUUGUUGUCGUUUAGCCUCCUUGUUUUCAGAUUUAAGCAUGAUUUCUCUAACAACGAAAAGCUACUCAUAAAUCUUUUCUUUUUUUGCAAAGUUGUUAAUAAUUAUUUUUGCUUCUGCUUAACUUUUAGGAAUCAACAGAUGUCUGUAGUCUCCCUCUUUGUAGCUCUAUGUUCACCCUCUUUUUAAAGAUGGCUGUAUGAAUGUAAAAGAUGUUGACAACGGAAAAAAAAAGUUGGAUGGUGUUGUCCAAUACUGUGGUUAACCCAAUCAAUUUGUUUACUGCAAACCAAACGAUUCACAACAGAGAUGAUAUAUUGAUUACCAGAGAUAUGUUUAUAUAAACCUUUAAGUUGUUCUUUUUGUACAGUAUUUUUCCUAUACAUUACUGAAGUAUGUAUUUUAAAGGCACAACCGAUUAUUAAAAGAUAGCAUAUAACUCAAAGACAAAUGGAUAUAGUGGUAUUUUAAUAUUCUAUAUAAGAUAGGAUGUGGUAGUUCUACAGAGAAUUGUGAAUAUUCAGCAGCACCCCAACCUCUGGGGCAUUAUUAUCAUUAUUGAUAUUAUAUUAUUAUGAUGUUGUCAUAAUAAUAAAUCAUGUCAUGUUAGUCCCCAUUCAACUCAAAGGAAAACUAAAUGCAGUCCAGAAGAGAGAAUGUACAGUUGGACCCUUUUCUAGAAUCCAUCAGCUCACAUCCAGCAACAUCACUUUGUUCAUCAUGUUAAGUGGCAUUACCCAACCCCCGCCCACUGCCGCCGCAACCCCCGCCCCGCCAUCACGUCCCGACACGGGUCGUCCAGCAGCAGCUUCUCUGUCAGAGGCAGAUACCCGAAAGGUCUGAGGCUUUUUGUAACCGUGUGAGUCUUGUUUCUCUCUGAUCUGCUGAGACGGGAUGAAGUUACUAUGAAGGAAGGGGAAACUGCUGCUGUGAGUGUGGGGGAUUGAUUCCCCCAGUCAAUGCAGUUGUAGCGCAUCCCUGAACCUGAGUGAUGGACACUGGGAAGCCUUUAUUAUUUUUAAACAAAGGCUUACAGUGGCGUCCCCCCCCCCCCAACACAAACUUUAGUGGCGUUGUCGUGCAGAGCUUUCUUCAGUCAGGAGCUGGGACGUGACCGACUUGUUUUUAAAGGUUGAUACUGACAUUUCUGAUCAUUUGUAUGGAGACUCGGGCGUGCAAACAUUAAAAUGAAAGACGGUUUAUCAGUUAGCCAUGAACAGUUUUUUUUACACUUUAGAGUAAAACCCAUGAGAUACAACAUGUUAUUUAAUGAGCGUUAGAAGCACUGGUAGGUUGUGUUACCUUCGCUCAGAUCCAGGGCGGCUGUCUCCUCAUGUUUGCGGUCUUUGUACUUAACAAGCUUAUCUAAUUGUCUUAUCUGCAAGGACCACGUACUUUAACCCAAUAGAUCAUUCAUUUUACAUUUGUGUGCAUGUAAGUAAAACAUUCCACCGGCUGAAUAAUGGACCCCAGCAGGAAGGAUUCCACCCAAUAGUCGACUCUUUUUUUACAGUUCAGGCUGUCAAAUUUUGGAAAAGAAACAUUUUUUGAAAGAUAAAAAGAUAAAAAACAAAGAAAUACAAAAUACACAUUAACAAAAAUGUGUUUGUUGUGUUGAUUAUACAUCAUCUAUACGUCUUUGGAAAUUAAAUGUGUUUGAUUUAAUCUUUUCAAAUAUCAUGUGCACAAAGAUAGAGAAUUAAACAAAUGAAAUAGAUUUUCUUUUUACUAUUCACAGCCCUGGAAUCAGAAAUGUCAAUAUCGAACCAGUAAAUCUACAAAGUGACUCGUCGGUCUGAUCGCUGUCCAGACCUGGCUGAACUCAGUCGAUUUGAUCCAAAGCUGUGUGAAAUGUAAAAUCAUUCUUUUCUAUCCACGAACUGUAGUCCUAGUGUUUUUUGCGCUUUAGAGGGACUUUCCCCUCUCGUGUCUUUUCUGCACUGACGCUCUCGAGUGUGAACAGGGUUUGUAGAGAAGAGUGACGACUGGAACGAUGCCUCCCGAAUCUGUGGAGCAUCUUUUUAAUAAAACAUAAUAUAUAUAUAAAUAUACAGGAAAAAGCCAACAAUUCAUCCACACGUGUCCCAAAAUGACCUCACUGUCGAGUGAUUUCACUACCUCACCCGGAAACGUUAACCAUAAUUCUGAGUCUAUUCCAGUGCCUUGAAUACACUGACUGUUCCCCAGUCGCUCAGCAAUGUAAAGAUCUCCUCCCAGCUCCACUCGGAUAGGUUCAGAUCUGCACUGAAGAGCUUGCUCAGUGCAUCAAAACUAUAUCUAUAUUCUAUACACACCGACAACUCUUCUCAUUUCUGAUUUUGGACAUUGCAACAGACUUGUAACCAUUGUAUUCAUGGCAACACCAACGGACUGUUUCAGAAUGUAUACAAAUAGGACACAAAGGAGUAUUCGGUCUUGUUUGUCAUGGAAUGGAUGCAUAACAUGUAUUUGUGCUGUUCGGCCCUCAGCCUCUCUCUCGCUCUGUAAUUUGUAGUGUCUAAUAAAAUCCCAAUUCUUUUCUGA